ACCGGAAGCGCCCGACCGGUUGGUUUGGGUACGGGCGCGAGGAAGAUGGCGGCGGCCGCUCCUCCUCCUCAGCCGCAGCGGCCGCCUCAGCGCGGGGCCCCCGGCCUGGGUCUCGGGCGUCCCCGCCGCCCGGCACCCACCCGCGACGUCCGCCAGCGGCCGGCCAGCCCGCGGGAGCUGGUGACGCCCUCGGUGACGGAGCUGUCUCGGGCCGUCCGCAGCAACAUCUUGUGUACGGUGCCCGGCUGCGGCAAGGUGCUGCCCAACCCGCCGGCGCUGAGCAUGCACCUCAGCAAGGCCCACCGCCUGCAGCAGGAUGGAAAAAUAUAUCCUGCAACGAGGAAAGAUUUGAAAACGCUACAGAAAUACUACUGCUGUCCAAUUGAAGGUUGUCCUAGAGGACCCCAAAGGCCGUUUUCACAGUUUUCUCUUGUAAGGCAGCACUUCAUGAAAAUGCACGCUGAAAAGAAGCAUAAGUGCGACAAAUGUACCAAUUCGUACGGCACUAUAUGGGAUUUAAAGCGCCAUGUUUUGGACUGUGGCAAGACUUUCCAGUGUACUUGUGGCUGUCCAUAUGCUAGUAGGACAGCAUUGUUAUCUCACAUUUAUCGGACACAACAUGAGAUCCCGGUUGAACACAGGGAUCCGCCUAGCAAGAAAAGGAAAACUGAGACUUCGCUAUCUAACUGCCUGCCGGAAGAUAAAACAACAAACAAGCCCUCCGCCAACAUCUGCCACAGCAGAUGUGCCAGCAUGGAGGAUUUUGAGACCUUGGAAACCAAGUCUACAGCUUCUUUUGACGAUCCCAGCCAAUCUUAUACUAUUCAGCAAGCACAAGCACUGCCCAAAAAUGCACCAAAGUUUCUCUUGCCUAAGCCGAAAAUGGGUUUGGUUAAGCUCCCUGUAAUGCAGCUGACUCAGUUGCCUAUCUUUGUGGCAGCACCAAACUCUUCUGUGAAGUCCGUUGUGGUGGCUGUGAACGACAAAGGCUCUGUUAUGAGUGCUGUUCACUUAAUGCCAAUGCCAGUUGGAAUUAUGAUACCUGCCCUGGAGGCUGAAACCCUUGCCUUUAAAACCCCCUCAGCCCUUUCCAGAACCAAAACUGCCGAUGGUACUAAGCCAGUUAGUACAGGCAUCCAGGUGAAUUUAGGCAAAGCUCCUCCCCAUAAUCCAGUCCAAGCUCUAGAAGCCCUGUGCUAUAAAAACGGAAUCUGUUCCACAAAUGUUCAAACUGACCUAUCUUACGUUUCCCAGAGCUUUGUGCCUUCGGCAGCUUGGCCUCCCGAUUCCUCAGUGUCCUCGUGUUCUCAGACAGACCUGACUUUCAGUUCCCAAAUGUUGCUUCCAGUUAGUGUAGAGACACAGACCCUGUUACCCAGCUUAAAGCUGACUUCCUCCAUAGCUGCUCAGACAGAUGUGCUCACUCAGGCUUGCUUUCAACCCGGUGGGAUUUCUCGGGAGACUCAGACCAGCAAGUCCCAAAAAGGUAUGGGUGAGAACAUACACAUGGACCAGACCGUCACCUGCAGCAAUCUUUUCAGCAGCGUUAAUGCCGCAUUCCCCAAUUCAAACCCAAUGGCUCAUCCUGGCGGCCCCUUGAUGGCAGCCAACCUGGGUCAGAAUAUGCUAGUGCAAGGAAACUGCAAAACGGACACAAAGUGUGAGUCGAUGCUCAGCUUUAGCCCACCAACAAACGGUAUUCUUCCCCAGCAAAUUAUGACAGACAAUCAGACGCAAACCAUGGAGCUACUGAAUGAUCUGGAAACGAUUUUUUCCAACAACUCAGCAAGUCACUCGUUGGAUAACCGGAGUCUUUUAACAGAUACUCACUCCAACCCUGACAUUCCCUUAAGCUCCGUCCCUACCCAGAAUGCAGGGAUAGAUUUUGACCUUGAGGAAUUCUUUACAGCCUCCAACAUCCAAACUCAAACCGAAGAGGCUGAAUUUGGCAACUUGAACUCCGUGCCAGCCUUGGAGUCCCUAGACAUUGAAACCCAAACAGAUGUAUUUUCAGACCACGCUACCCAAUCCUACACCUCUCGGAGUAAUUCUAAUUUCUUAGGCUUAGAGAUGUUUGACACGCAGACCCAGACGGACUUAAAUUUCUUCCUGGACACUCCCUACCUGCCUUUGGGGAACAUCUUGAAGCCCUCUGCUUUUUUGAUGAGCGCCGACUCUUCCAAUACAGAAACCCAAACAGAAAUGAGAUGUCCUGACAGCGAGAUCUCCAAUCAUAUGUCAGAGAGCAAAGUCCAGCUGAACAGCGCUGAAACGCAAACCAUAGACAGCUGUCUUGAUACCCUAGGCAGUUUAUUUCUCACCAGCAACGAGACUCAGACAGUUAUGGACGAUUUCCUUUUGGCUGACUUGGCCUGGAAUACGAUGGAGUCACAGUUUAGUUCCGUAGAGACACAAACCUGUGCAGAAUUGUGCUCGUUGCUUCAGGGGUCCGACAAAGCAAGCUCUUGAAUGCCAUUCUCACACUGCAGCAUUUUGAAGGUUAAGUUAUAAGGGGGAAGAAAACAUAAUUGGGGUUAGCUCUACCAAGGGUAACUAACUAUAAAGCCUCGGUUUACAGACCGUGUCAGAUUGCAAAGUACUUUCACUGUUGUGUAUUGUGACUAAUUUAAGCCCUGUUGCAUAUGGUUACAGUUGUACGUUAUGUUUGGGCACUUUAUAAGGCUUCUGCUGCUUGCUUCUGCUAUCCUGAAUGAAUGUUCACAAACCCACAGUUCUCCUCUCAUCGGUUUUAAUCAUGUCUGACAUCUGACCUUGAUGGAUACUGAUGCUAAAGCUGCUUUUUUUGAGAAUUAACAAUAUGACUUCUGAGUAAACAUAAUGCCCCAGGUUUUAACUCUGUAAUUUUUCCUUUUUGUUGUUUUUCUGCAUAUAUUGGUGUCGGUUGCCCCUGCUUAUAAGAAGUUUAUAUCUUACGAGGUCUCCAGCAACUCCUAUGAAUUCAGUCUUCAGCAUAUUGAUCUGUUACAGUUGACCAGUUAUGCAACCAUGGCAGUUCCAGUGUUAUUAAACAUAAUAUUCUAAGAAAAGGAGCCAAAGUCUUAUGAACCAGAUUUUCUCUAACUUUUGUUUGUGUAUUUCUCACUGUCAGGAAGUGAAUAACAUUGUAUUAUAUAGACACUAAGCCGACAAGAUGUCACACAGUUCCAUGUUUGGAGUAGGUGCAGCUUGCUAUUAAGAAAACAAGUAUUUGUAGCCAGAUUUUUUUUUAAAAAAAAUUGUCUCCUGUGUAUUCUUAGUUGAUAUCACAUUUAUGGAAUUGAACUCAAUAGUUUCAAAACCUCUAUCACGUACAGAAAAUAAGCAGAGGACCGUAUGCAGAAAUGAAAAAGGAAUCGCCUAAAGAGACCCUAUGAAAUUCCUUUUCAAAAUGCAUUUUGAGUUUAAAAAGUCUUCAAAGUUUCUGCUUUAAACAUAAUCUGGGGUUGUCCAAGAUUGUUUCUUGUUCACCCUUAUUUCCGCUGGACUUAAUUGUUUCCAAUUCUUCACGCUGCUUCUAGAGACAGAUAUGCCAGCUAAUAUUAAAAUAGCUGUUUCCAAAACACUGGUUUAAGACAAUUGUUUAGAAAGCCAAGAACAGGUUUACAGUUCAACCAAGUCAUUUGGUACAUCUACAGCUACUGCAGGAGAACAGUCUAUCAAAGGCCAGGUGACUUACAGUCAUCUUUACCAAAGAUCUCAACAUAACUAUUGGACUGCGUUGGUGAGGGUGAGUAAAUUGACUUUCUGUUGAGCACUGGAUUCCCUGAGCACCAUUGUAGUUUUCCAAGGGCCAAAAGUGUGUGAUUUUAUUGAUUGCAGCUCUUAUAAUAAUAAUAAGGCAAAAUGAAUUGCUUGAUGUGCUUCUGUUGGGUCUGCACAAAGUUUGGUUUAGGAGCAAGAUUGUAUUAGAGAGAAAUAUUUCAUUAAAUUUCUUCAGACCUUAUUCUCUCUAAAGUUUCUGUAGUUAGUAAGAUUGCUUUUCUCUUUGACAGUCUGCCUUGGAGGAGGGUUGUGUGCUGUUGAAUUGCUUAUCUAAUUAUUCAAUAUAAAGAAUAGCAGCUUGGUAAAAAGUCCAUGUGCUGCAAUUUACAACUCUGUGGCUCACCCUCCAAAGGACGUUUUACAUGUGGUGGAAAUGAAGGAUUCAAAUGAGACAUAGAUUUGUCAAAAUGCCCGACAGCAGAAACUUAGUGACCACAUUAGUCCAUAAACACUGUAUAUUGUAUGCGUACACAUGUAUAACAUACAAAUUGCUUUUAGCAAAGAGUAAUUGCCUAUACAAGGAAGUAAGUGUUCAUAUACUUUUGUAUUUCACAAGGAAGAAGCAUUUCUGUUUUUAUUGUAGAUUUGGGAGAACAUCAGGAUGUACAACAACAUUUCUAAUCCUGCUAAAGCGUCAAGCUGACUUGUGCCUACAAGCUAGUGCAGUCUGCUUAUAGAAGUAUAUAGCCCAAUAGUUAGAAUUCAGAACGCAAUGCGCUUGCUACAUGCUUGAUAGAAGUAUAACAGCCUCUCUGGAUCUGCCUAAUGUGUCUAGGUCUCAAUAUACCCAAACAUUUGGUCAUUAAUCUAAGUGCAUUUACAAAGGUUUUGCUCAAAUGCUAUCCUGUUAUUUAAAAGUAGCAGCACUGAUUCAGUAGAAGUCAUGUUGAUGUAUAAGCUGUUCCUUGAUGGUGGUUUUAAGGAACUAUUUAUAGAAAUAAACUUUUUCUGGUUCUGACCAAUA